AUGGACUUCGCCAAGGCCUCCGCGCUCGCGCGCCGGGUCAUCGAGCUCGAGGAGGCGAUGCAAGCCUUCCACCGGCUGUCUGGCUCCCCGGACAUGAGCCCGAAUUCCCCAAGGAUGACGGUGGUCAAGAGUAACCGACUGGCCGACAUGGAGGUGGACAUGAAGGUGCCCUUGGAGUGCUCCAUCGAAAUGAUGCCGAGCCAGCGUAACGUCAGCCGGCGAGACGACGACGAGGACUCAUCCUCUUGCUGCCUGCGCGUCAGACCUGCAGAGCUGGAGUGCGGUCCACAGGUGGUAGUUGGCACCUCGCCAGGAAUCAUGUUCCAGGACGUCGACAUCUACACGCCUGAUGGUUCGCGACUCCUGCUUCCUCAGGUGACAUUGAUGCUGGAAGUAGGGCAAAGCUGCUUGAUCAUGGGCCCUAGCGGUAUUGGCAAGAGCUCCUUGCUGCGAGUCCUGGGCCAGCUGUGGCCAUGCUUCCAGACGCCUGACAAGGCGAGACCUGCGAUGAUGAGCAGGCCGCCGGCACGGAACCUGUUCUUCCUUGCGCAGAGGCCCUACCUGUUCGAUGGCACCUUGCGGGAGCAGAUUGCGUACCCGGUGUGGGAUUCGUCCCUGCUGACAGAGCUCAACGAUGCAAACAUGGCGCGCCUCUUCGCGGAAGCCAACUUGAGUGAGGUCUGGAGUGCCCGGAAGGAGGAGGUCGACACCCGAGGCAUUCACUGGUCCGAUGUGCUAAGCUUGGGUGAGCAGCAGCGCAUCCAAUUCUGCAGGCUCUUCUGGCAUGCCGAGUGGCAUCGUACGCAUGGCGACCUGGCCUACGGCUUCUUCGCCAUCCUCGAUGAGUCGACGGCCUCCAUGGACACGGCCUCGGAGAUGAAGGUCUAUCAAGCCCUGAGGAAGAAGAAGAUCGGCUUUCUCAGCGUGGCACACCGGCCUACCGUCAUUCAAUACCAUACCCAGGUGAUGCAUUUCAAGUUCAGCGUCGGGCAUGACCUGAUGUACGAGGUCAAAGAUGCUCGUGAGAUGGCAGAGGAGCACGCGUCGCUGCUGACGAAGCACCUCAAGCCAACACAGCGGCUCAGCGUUCUUGAAAGCCGCCGUCAGUCGGGGAGUACUAGCCGGCCGAACAGCGUCGACUCGCUGCGGACGGCGGAUUCAUUGAGGCUGGAUGGCAUCGAGCAGCGUUCUGAGACGAGACAUCAUGGCUUGCCGCGCACCUCUCCAAUGGCCACGACGCCUGGGGGCGGGAGCAGACGGCGGAGUGCAUCGAAGUCCUAG